UAUAAACUUCAAGUUAUUGAACUUCAGUUCAGUAAACUUCAGUUAAAGAAAAUUAAGAAAAUACUAAACAGUGCUAAUAUUAUGUGCUAAAUAUUAACUGUUUUCAUUAAAUAUUUCAUUUAUAUGUUUACGCUGUUGAGGAAAUUUGUAUAACAAGGUAAUCAUAGAGCCAUGUCUAGCGCAGAUCGAAUUGAUUUUGAGAUGGAGGUAGAAGUAGAAAGUGCUUCAUCGGGACCGCCGGUUGAUUUGCCAAAUCCCACGUCUCCCGCUCCUUCAACUGCUGGGAACCCUAAAAGUGUCGUGGUAACUACCGCUACGUCUGGUUCCGUUACUGUCUCCCUUCAUCCUUUAGUCAUUAUGAAUGUUUCUGAACACUGGACUAGGUUAAGAGCACAAGAGGGUUCACCACAAACUGUAAUUGGAGCUCUCAUCGGCAAACAAAAGGGUCGGAACAUAGAAGUCAUGAACUCAUUUGAAUUAGUUUUUAGUGUCAUUGAUGGUGAUAUAAUUAUAGAUAGAGAUUACUAUAACUUAAAAGAAGAACAAUUUAAGCAAGUAUUCUCAGACAUGGACUUUCUGGGUUGGUAUACUACUGGAGACACUCCAACAGAGAGGGAUAUAGCUGUGCAUCGACAAAUUUGUGAUAUUAAUGAGUGCCCAGUGAUGUUGAUGCUCAAUCCAGCCGGAAGGAAGGGCGAUCAAUUGCCAGUAGUAUUGUACGAGUCGGUAAUAGAUGUGGUGAAUGGACGGGCUACUAUGCUUCUUGCACCUCUGACAUACACUUUAGCUGCUGAGGAAGCUGAAAGGAUUGGUGUUGAUCAUGUAGCGAGAGUGUCAUCAGGCGAAGCGGCACUUAAUAGCUUGGUUGCGGAGCAUCUAACGGCUCAGAGAUCGGCUAUAAAGAUGUUGGUGUCCCGCGUGCGAGCCGUGCUGGCGACUGUGCGCGCCAUCCGCGACGGCGCGCUGCCGCCGCGGCCGGCGCUCCUGAGAGAAGCGAGAGCGCUCUCUAACCGACUUCCACUGCUGACUUCUCAGCAAUUCCGUACUCACUUCUAUAAUCAAUGUAAUGAUGUGGCGCUUAUGACUUACCUGGGUACGAUCACGAAGGGCUGUAACGCGAUCAACCAACUCGUGAACAGGUUCAAUGUUUUGUACGACAGGCAGGGUAUGGGACGCCGCAUGAGGGGACUUUUCUUUUAGGGCGGACUCUAAUAUUAAACAUUAAAAGUUAAAUUAGGCUGUGUGUUAUAGGAUGUUUGGAAGAUUACAUUGGUUUCAACUGUCUACAAAUAUUUUUUAUUUGUCAACGUUGGUUGAAAUUUUAAUAAAAAACUCAUCACCCGUGUUAUCUACAAGUUUACAACUUAUUAACCUAAAGAACUCCUUGCAGAAUAAACUAUUUUUAAGUUGCUUAUUCAGUAAAUUAAAAAAAAAAUAAUAAAGUGUAGGUUGAAAUUUGUUAGGGAUUGUAUUCAUUAUGGAAUAUCGAAAAGUCUCGCAUAUUAGAAUUAAUAUUAGUAACUAAUGUGACCUAAAUUGCAAUCGCGAAUGUUGCGGGCAUGAUGGAUAUCUAUUUUUUUAAUUUUAUGUUAAUCCGAGCAAAUCGGAAGCAAAUCGGAAUAGCAGGCGUCACAAAUUUUUGCAAUCUCUGACUUUUUUUUAAAUGAAUUAUUAAGCCGUUUCCAAACGAAAAAAUUCAGAUGGCAACAAUAAUAUUAUAUUACUCUAGUCUAAUAAAUAAUGUUUAAAAAGACAAUGUAUAUCUCCAAUCCGUAAUCGAAUGUACUUCUUGCGGACUUCGUGUUGACAAGGCAGUUAAAUAAAAUGUCCGUUUUAAAAACUAACCGUUAGUCACGUUCCAUUGUAAAAAUGUCAUAAUGUGAAACGGAAUGAAAAAUAAUGAAUGCGUUCAUUAUAAGAACAAAACGUAAGCCUCAAAUAGGAUGUAAGUUUUGUUCGUAAACAUAAAAAUGGAUCACAUAGAGCACGUUAAUAAAUAUUGCACAUCGACCUAUGAAAAGAGACAAUCAAUCAAUUCGCCUUCGUAGAGCGUUAUCUCUGUCGCACAAAACACUAACAAUCCGGUAUCUAUUAGGAGUUGUAAAACAAUUAUGAGUUUCUUUGUAAUUGAAUAAAAUACAAAUUUUUUUAUAUAAAUGCUGUCUUUAACUUGUAGAAAAAUAAAAUAAAAAGAUAAUGUUUAUAUCAGCGGUUUAGAGCACAGAUAUUGAAAUGGAAGAAAUUGGGAAUUUUAAAGGUGUUUGUUAUGUAUGUAAAAUUAAAAGGAAACAACUACAAUAUGACGUUGUAAACAAUGCUAUAUCUGAUCAGAUAUAUGUAUAAAAAAAUGGUGUGUUUUAUUCAAUGACACAGAAAUUCAUAAUUGUUUUACAACUCCUAAUAGACACCGGACUGUUAGUGUUUUGUGCGACAGAGAUAACGCUCUACCAUGCCGAAAUUAGUUGAUUGUCUCUUUUCAUAGGUCGAUGUGCAAUAUUUAUUGAAGGGCACUAAACAUUAUCCGACUGAUUUGGAAUGGAUUUUGUCAAAUGUCGGUGUUUAGUCAAAUAUCAUAAACACAUAGUUUCAAGAGGUCUUAAAACUGUUAAUAUGUGUAUUUUUUAUGUUUGUAAAAACAAAAAAGCCAUUAACAUAAAUGGGCCGGUUAAUGACGCAUUUGAUGUAUGUAUGUAACUGGAUAUGUAAAUUUUUUAGAUUAUUAAAAUCAUAAUAAAAAUAAA